GUGAAAGUUAUGACAUGGGCUAGCCCUGCUUUUCUGCUUUGCUCUCUCACAAAAAAAAUGUUCAUUCAUUAUCUUCUCAAACAGUCUAUAUAUCAUCAGCUACUUCUUCGUGGAAAGAGGAGAGUGAAGAAGGAAACCAGAGGAAAUGGCUGGAAAUGGGAUUGGUGGUGAUGAAGAAACUGGCUAUGGCGGGAACAGAGUCCAGCCUCUUGCCUCUACACCAAAGCAAGGCUCUUUUGUUGAUUCUCUCUCACUUUCAUUUCCAUGGUUUUGCAGAGUGUUCUUUGGUUAUUUAUCAUAACCUUUUUUUGGGUUGGUUUUUGUUGCAGGCAGGAGGAUGGAGGACUCCAUGGCAGGAAGAAGCCCAAAUCGUCUGGAUUCAGGGGAGUGUUAGCCUUGGAUGAACUUGUUUCUCUUCAGGUAUGGCGAGCCUCGGUGGCGGAGCUUAUCGGCACGGCGGUGCUCGUCUUCGCAAUGGACACCAUCGUCAUUUCUUCCUACCACACCAAGACCGAGACGCCAAACCUGGUGAUGUCGGUCGUCAUCGGCGUCACCGUCACAAUUCUCCUCCUCGCCACCUUCCCGAUCUCCGGCGGCCACCUGAACCCGGUCAUCACCGUCGCCGCCAUGUUCACGGGCCUGGUUUCCGUUUCCCGGUCCGCCAUCUACAUCGCGGCCCAAUGCGCCGGGGCCAUGCUGGGCGCCCUGGCCCUGAAAGCCGUGGUGGGCCGCACCAUCGAGGACACGUUUUCGCUCGGCGGCUGCACGCUGAACGUCGUCGUUCCGGGCCCAAACGGGCCCGUUGUGGUUGGGCUCGAGACGGCGCAGGCCUUGUGGCUGGAGGUCAUCUGCACCUUCAUAUUUCUGUACGCGUCCAUAUGGAUGGCGUUUGACGGGCGCCAGGCCAGGGCGUUGGGCCGGGUCGUCGUGUUCUCGAUCAUUGGGCUUGUGGUGGGCCUAAUUGUUUUCAUUUCGACGGCGGUGACGGCGACGAAGGGUUAUGCUGGGGUUGGGAUGAACCCGGCGAGGUGUUUGGGCCCGGCUGUUGUGAGGGGAGGCCAUCUGUGGGAAGGGCAUUGGAUCUUUUGGGCCGGGCCGGGUAUUGCGUGUUUGGCCUUUUCUAUUUACACGAGAAUCAUUCCCAAAGAAAAUCUUUAUGGGUAGAGAGAAGAAGCCUUGAAGAUUUUAUCAAAAACAACAAUGACUUUUCAUUAGAGAGGGCACAAGACCUUUGGUUCCAUGUGAUUUCUCUUCUUUUAUGUGUCCUUCGUGGUAUGUUGUUAUAAGCUGUAUAAGUAUGUAUUAUGAAUAAGUUUGUAACAUAACUCUCAUUGUUCUUAUGUCUUUCAAGUUUCAAGUGUUUAAAUUUGAUGAUGAUCGUGUAAUAGAUGUGAAAUGGCUCUACUUCUUGCUGACUACAAAUCCCAAUACUUCACUGUUA